AUGGACACCUCAUCGACUUCAGCAGAACGCAAGGUAGACGACCUCAGUCACGUCGAGCAGGUCCAUACCAAUGAGAAGGUUCCAGGUCAUCCCAAUUACUACGAAAAGGAUGGCUUGAGGACUUACGGCGAUGGCGAAGAUCACGAUGUCGAGCCUCCUAUGACCGUGAACCGAGCGCUGAGUUUGGUCGCCAUGGCAUUUUUGUGGACUGGCUCGCAAGUGCCAGUUUACAUCCUCGGUGCCGUCCCACCAUAUAUAUAUGCAGAUAUCGGUGGUGUUGAUCGCUGGGUCUGGUUCGUCCUAGCAUACCUACUGGCACUAGCCGCUAUUUGUCCAUUCGUUGGUUCAGUUUCCGACUUGAUUGGCCGACGCUGGGUAUCCUUGAUAGGUUCAGGACUGCUCGUUAUCGCCAUGAUUGUCUGUGGUGUUGCCAAGAGCAUGGGCGUGUUUAUAGCUGGCAUGACGCUGUCUGGCAUUGGCGCUGGAAUCUGCGAACUUACAGCUCUGGCUGCGACUUCGGAGCUUGCGCCCACACGAAAGCGUGGUCAAUACGUGGCGGUCCUUGUCUUUACCAUCAUCCCAUUCUGUCCCUCGGUACUCUGGGCUCAACUCAUCGCCUAUCAUGCUGGCUGGCGAUACUGUGCACUUCUUUGCGGUGUUUGGGCGGCUAUUGGAUUUAUCGGCGUCGCAGUUUUCUAUUUCCCACCAGCUCGACCUAACUCACGUGGUCUGUCCCGCAGAGAGGUCAUCUCCGAAAUCGACUUUGUGGGUGGUGGCUUGAGCAUCACUGGCAUGAUCCUGUUUCUGGCUGGCCUGCAAUGGGGUGGUUACCAAUAUCCAUGGACCUCCGCGCAUGUCCUGGCUCCGCUUUUCAUCGGUGCUAUCCUCCUCUUUGUUCUCUUCCCAAUCUGGGAGAUCAAGUUCGCCAAGUUUCCUAUGUUUCCAUCACGUAUGAAGAAGGAGGCGAGGAUUUUGACUCUCACUCUGCUUAUUACAGCUAUAUCGGGCGCUAAUUUCUUCUCUGUCGAUUUCAACAACCAGUAUACGUUUACUAAUGAAAAUUUCAGGUUCUGGCCUACUCAAGCAUUCAAUGUGUACGGACACGACCCCAUAGGAGUUGGUAUUCGUGGUAUUCCGAUCGGUUUCAGUAUUUUGGUAGGGGCCUGCAUCGUUCUUUGGCUCUUGUCUGCUCUCCGAGGCUACAACCGAGAACUUCUGGUUGCCUCUUCUGUGAUAAUGACGGCUGGUUGUGGUGCCCUUGCUUUCGCGGACCGUGACAACUUGAAUCAGGUGUGGGUGAUUCUUGUAGUGGCUGGCUUGGGCAUCGGUGGGAUUGUGGUCCCCGCGUCCAUCAUUACCACGAUCAUUUGUCCCGACGACAUCAUCGCCACGGUGACAGCACUGACGUUAUCGAUCCGUGUGAUUGGCGGGUGUAUAGGUUAUACGACUUAUUACAACGUCUUCGCCAACAAGUUUGUCCCGAACGCGACAAAAUACAUUGGUGGGACUAUGGCUCUACGAUUGGGCAUUACAAACACUACGCAUAUCACCCACGCGAUCGAGUACACAGCUGCCAGCUUGUUACCUUUACUCAACACCAUUCCUGGUAUUGCUGGGAACGAGACAGCCUAUGCAAUGGUUGUUCAAGCCGGUCAGGUCGCGUAUGCUGAAAGCUACAAGUACGUGUACUAUGUCAGUAUCGCGUUUGGUGUGAUCAGUAUCAUAGCCAGUGCAUUUCUCGGCAACAUCAACAAAUAUAUGGAUGACCACGUUGCAGUCAUCAUCCAUUAG